AUGCCCACAAUGUUUGUACCAAGCAUCACGAAUUUUUGCGUCUAUGAUAGAAGCACAUCGACAAGAACUACGCUCAAGACGAACACUAUCGGUUACGACUGCUUUUGUUCGGAGGUGAGGAAACGACGAGGUAGCGCGCGCUUCACGCUUCGUGCCCAGCUCGCGCCGGGAGCAGGCGGUAGCACCCCAGCAUCGGGGCGCAAUCAACCAUCUUCCGCCGGCGCUAGCAGGAACUGGGACGAGAGGGUUGAGUUGGCGACGCCGUUUGGUGUCGCCGUACGCGAGCUGCUGUCGCUGCCAGCCCGGGUUGCAACGGUUGCAGAACAGUGCCGCACUGAGGGCGGCAUUCCCCAGGCACAGAGCCGUUUCGAAAAGCUGCGGGAAGCCAUCGCGAACGGGAAUAUGAGAAGUCGUCUCACCGCAAUGCAAGAAGCGCACUUCUACCCAAGAUCCCUCGUCGUGCCGGUGCUAUUGCAGGUGCUCCGCUCUGCUGUUGAGCACGCUCGUGAGCGCAACCGACUCGAAGGAACCGGACCAAGUGCGGCGGACUCCUCGCGGCCGAAGAACCUGUCGACCCUGGUGCUACCGGAUCGAGUUUUCGAUGAAAUGUCACGCUCUCAGGCAGCCUUUUCCCUGGCUAUUCUUCUGGGCCAGGGUCAGGCGACGUCAGAGGCAGCUGUCGAAGAGUGGCGCCAGAUGGCUGUCGAGGCCCUCAUUGAGGUACUUCAGGAGGACCUUGACCCGGCUGCCCGUGCAGCUUCUGCAGGCGCUCUUGGCCAUGUUGGCAGCCGAUGUGAACAAUUCAAACCGAUGUUGGUGAGUCCUUUGCUUGGGUGUUUUGAGAAACAGAGCGAGGACUGGAUUGUGAGGUUGAGCGCGGCGGCGAGCCUUGGGCUGGUACGCGCACGUGAAGCGCUGCUCCUGUUUAUCGAGGAACUGAACAGUCAUGAAGUGAACAGUGAGUCUGGGAAAUCGCUCCUUGUUCAGACGGUGAUAUGCGCUCUUGGUGACCUCGCGUACGCAGACUAUUCGCAGUCGGAGAUGGACCAGGAACUGCUUCAGCGCUCAGUUCGAGCGAUCGAGCGCUUUACCCGAAGCGAGGAUGUUCUUGUGCGUAUUUCCGUGACCGAGUCGCUCGGGCACUGGUGCAGGCACUCGUCCAAGGCACGCGCGGCGGUUGAAUCACUUCUGUUGGACCCGAACGAGAACGUGGCGAAGACCGCUCGUUUCGCCUUGGACACCUAUGCGAAACAGGAUCAGUGA